AUGACCUGCUGCAUUCUGAGAUUUCUCCCCAUGCCCUUGCAGCGAACAUUCAUCUUUGUUAGUCAACUGGAAGAAGCACCGGCUGGCUUUUGGGUCCUUGCUGCUGGGCUUGUGGCGCAGAUCAUCGGGCUCUAUGUGAGCCCCUACGUACCAAGUCGAGCAGGGUGGGGCACUUGCUUUGUCGAUUUCAUGAGCAUCAACCAGGCGGAUGAGGAGCUGAUGCAGAAAGGUAUUCGUGGGAUUGGUGGCUUUUUGCAACACUCAAAGGUUUUGCUAAUCCUGUGGAGCCCUGCAUACCUGUCCAGGUUGUGGUGUGUCUUUGAGCUUGCGGUCUUUCGCAUGGCCAAUCCUAAUGGGAAGAUCUCCUUGGUGCCAAUGGUGAUGGUGAAGUUGGCAGUCUGUUGCUUUUUGACCAUGCUCUGCGCCGUCAUUUCCACGAUGAGCGUUCCCUGCUUGAAGUUGGACUCUCCAAACGCGUCUUUUCGGCUUCAGGUGAUACUCAUCACCAUUGGUGCACUUCCUUUGGCCGUUGCUGUUCACAAGAGCCGCAAGAGCAUUUCGGAGAAGCAACACUUAGUUGAAGAGCUCGCCAACUUUACGCUCAGCGAAUGCCUGUGCAGCAAGGAAUCGGAUCGAGAAUUUGUGAUCCAGUCGAUCAAGUCCCUGUAUGGAAGUGAGACAGAGUUUGAGGCCUACGUGCAAAACAACCUGCGUGAGGAGCUGAUGGGAUGGAGAUUCCGCUGGACGACGCCAAAGCCUCUACUGCUGAUGAUUUGCCUUCCAGGAAUUGCCGGGAGCUUGGAUGUGACUGCAGGCCUAGCAAGGGCUGGCUAUCCCAUCAAAGACCUCCUAACCUGGUUCUGUGCCUCAACGGUUGGCUUCGCUACGUUGUGGACUUACACCUGGUGGCAAGUGUUGCUACGCCUCACCGAUCGAUUCUUUGCGACUGCUCAGCACCGGUCAGUUGACAUCCUCAAGACGCUCUCAAUCUACCUUAUUUUUCUGGUUAUGGUCUGUUCGGGAGUUGUUGCUUCACGUGCAGCAAUGGAACGGGGCAACCUCAUGGUUGGUGUGUGGUGCUUGACGGCCUUGUUGGCCGCAGUGUUUUCAAAUUGUUGUUGA